AUGACUAAGCACGAGAUCUUUAAUGUCAUCCUCGGUACUGAGUUCAAGGAACGGGGCAACGCUGCCGUUCGCUACCACACUGUCGAUCACGUGCCGCCAAAGGCGUUUGAGAAGAUUGCACUUGCUCUUAUGGAAGGCAAUGCUGAUGAGAAGACCCUCAAUCUGUACAGAGUCAUUGUUCAUUUUCAGGCAGCUGUCGUACUGUAUGCAAGCCAGUUGCAAGGCCCCAAGAGUGCAGCUGUCCAACGACACAUCCAACAAAUGGAGUUCAAUCACCUGAUAGCAGCUCUUACUGCUCUGGAUAAAGUCAGCUUCUUAACUGCACCUUCUCUUUUACUUGUGCAAGCAUUGGUCACCGGGGCUACCAUGAUGCAGAUCAUGGGCAAUCCUGUGAGCUGCUGGGAACUCACGGCUCAUGCAUCGCGAACCAUUGUGGCGCUUGGCUAUCAUCAUAUCGAUAAACCGAUACCAGAAACCGAUACUGAGAGCGAGAUAUACGCCAUAGUCGGCCAGUGUGCCUAUUUUGAUAGUGUGAUGAGCCUCUUGCUGCUUCGACCACGCUCACUUCCUCAUCUCCAAGUAAAGGCCUCGUACCUGUUACGAGCUGACCCAGCCAGCCCUAUGAGCGUCCUAGAGCUACUUCCUAUACUCGACAAGAUCCUGGAUUUGUCGUUGGAAACGAAGCCGUCCCCGGCUAUACUGAACGAUGAGGUCGCGCAAUUGCGAACGCAGAUGAAAGAUAUCUACAAGCUUAUGGAGAAGGAACGACAACUGCAUUUCUUGGAUAGCAGAACGGAUGCUCUUAUACAUUGGAAAGGCAUGGAGUUUAGGUACUUUUCUACACUGACUUCAGUCCAUCGCCUGAGCCCUACCGUUACGACGAAUCCCUCGGAACGGGAAGAGUGCCUCCAAAGUGCUCGGAAGGCACUUGAGUGCGCCAAGGACAUAGAGGAGCUUGGAAGAUCGUUGGAUCAUUUCAUUGAAGGCUACGAUCCUUAUCUCGCGUGGAGCAUGCUCUCUUACCCCCUCUGCCCCUUUUUCGUCGUUUUCUGCAACGUGGUCGGCACGUCCAGCACUCGAGACUUUCAGCUACUUCAAGAUGUUACCGAUGGCCUUUCUGCACUCGUUACGGAGAAUAAGUAUGUUCAUCGGCUACAUCGGCUGUGCGCUACACUGCUGGGUCUUUGCAAACCCCUUGUGCAGACUUCGGAUCUUCAUGAACAUACAUCGCAACCGACUGAAGGAUCGACUGCACCGUUGGCGACAUAUUCUCUGUCGGCAGGUUUCGGCAACGGUUCUGACAUUUUGACUAACAGCGGAAGUGAUGGCACCACUGGUAUAAUUCCUUCUUCGUGGAAUGACGACAUGAUGUGGCAGUUGUUCCAAUCACAGCCUUCUCUGGACUGGUUCAACGCCGACAUAUUGGACCCUUCAUGGGGCCUUGGCCAAACGCAAUAA